CGCGCGAGGCUCCUCUGCCGCCGCCAAGAUGCGCUACGUUGCCUCCUACCUGCUGGCCGCUCUUGGGGGCAAUACCUCCCCCAGCGCCAAGGACAUCCAGAAGAUCCUGGACAGCGUGCGUAUCGAGGCGGACGAUGACCGGCUCAACAAGGUCAUCAGUGAGCUGAACGGCAAGAACAUUGAGGACGUCAUUGCCCAGGGUAUCCACAAGCUGGUCAGCAUGCCCGCUGGCGGGGCUGUGGUCGUCUCUGCUGCCCCAGGAGCUGCAGCUCUUGCUGCGGGUUCUGCCCCAGCAGCAGCAGAGGAGGAGAAGAAGGAGGAAGGAGUCAGAUGA